AUGGGGCGACAGGCGUAUUUGAACCGGCUCGCCUUGGGCCGGUCACCAUAUGAAGCUCCGGAGGCGGGGACUAUUGACCCUUCAAAUCCAGUACGGAGGGUCUCUCAAAUUCAUUCCGAUAACUACAUGCAGCAGUAUGAUUCACGAGGCCAUCCUGUCAAUCCUGAAUCAAAAAAUCUCGGCCGGGAAUUGCGCAGGGCCAAAAAUGACAUCCUGUCAACGAUGGGAAUCGUCGUCAGUGGCGAAGACCAAAAUGCCAACACAUCUAAUGAGCAACAAAAGAUAAACCAAAUCGCAGCUGAAAAUGAUUUCGGGUUGGUUAUCACAACCUUGGAUCAGAUUUUUGUAUUCUUCAGCACCUGGUGGUCAUCUUCCCUGACAGGGCGAAUACUGGCAUUGAAGCAUUACACGCAUGCCCCACUGCUUGAUGUUAUACGAUCUGAGAGGGGCUCGACGGGAGUAUUUGGUUUCUACUGCGCUGGUAUUCCUGCCUGGGCGGUAUCUAGCACGUUGGCAAUUGCGCGUGACAACCCGCUAAAGCUGGUUUUUGCCACCAUUCGCGACUAUGUGUUGGGGUUGACUGGAAAUGGAAGCCUCACACUGAGCAUUCGUGCUUCAUUUGGACUCCUUUACUCACUAGCACGAAGCUCAGUCCUUAUCUUUUCUAUCGAAGCAUACAUGUAUUCUAUGCUUCAAACACUCUCCUUAGUACCCUCAAACACACUUCCUAGCCUCAAAUUUUUCAUCCCCUUUGGCGGGGCUUCCCUCUUUCGUUUACCCCCUCUGCCGAGCGACUUUUCAAUUUCAUCUAUUGGUGGAUUCUUUAUUCAGCUCCUUACCUCUCCGGGAUUCCUGACAUAUGUCUAUGCGUUCCAUCUCCGCCCGGAACUCGAGGAACGCAUUUAUCGACUUAUUCGACGUCAAUUACCAAAGCCUACCCUCGCCGAUGAACUUUCAAUUCGGGUUGCAUUUGAAGAGAAUCUUGUCGAAUGGGUUGUGCCUACUUUGGGACGACGAUCAGAGGAGGAAACUCGCCGCGCGAAGCUCACCCUUAUGCAAGACAUCAAGCAAGAGCUCAUCUCCUUGCGGCAAUGGGCAUUCAGUCUUUUUGGUCUCCUUUCCAGCAAGACUCUCAAUCCUCAAGGACCCACCCCUGUAGAUCACGAAAAACUAGAAACGCUACGAAACUCGAUUGAGUCUUUACAGCAGGAACUUGAAGCAGCCCGUGCUCGCCGCAGUAGAGGACUCCUUGGACUAGAUCCUGACUUUGUUCCUGAUAGGUCUCCUGUUCCAGAAGACCACGACAUCGCAGGAAUAUCGUCCUUUGAUCUACCUCCUCUUAUGGAAUCUGCGGAAAUGUCCGGUACUGAGCUAGAUCUCGGCCUCACGCAAGUACUCACAAAUGAGAAUCGCAUGUCACAAUCCCCUGGGGAAAUGAGCAAUGACUUCUUUUCGGAGAUGGCUACAGUUGGACGAACAAGUGCACCUUCUAAUGCCUCCCGUUCACAGAGCCAACCAAGUGUUGCUCAGCAAGGCGAUGAAUCUAGAAACCGCCAUGUUUCACGGUCAAAUACUCUUUUCUCUCGGCCAUCCUCUCCAGAAACCUCGCCACCUACCUCGCCUCGUGUGAGAGCCUCAUUAAUUCAUCAGAGCUCUGAUAUCAUCACCAUGCAGCUAGAACUCCUGGGCAACCGCAAUCGCAACCCUCAAAACCAGGCACAAGUGCCACGAAACCCUACACUGAGACCCUUCGCGCGUGGCCAUUCAGCCCUUCGCCCAACAUCAAAUGUGGGAGAUCGCAGAUCGAUAGCAGAUUUCCUCGAAGCUUUGAUUUUGAGUCAGGCACAGCAACAAGCUGCGCAGCAGCCAUCCUUAGAAGAGCCCGAAGACCAGUCUAGGGUAGAUACACAAACCAGUCAGCCUGAAGGGCAGGAAAUUCUUGCCGUUGAAAGCCAGCCGCCGCCCUUGCUGCAGGAGGCUGUGGAAACUCGUGUCCCCGAUGUGGAAGCUGCUGCCCUUGAAGAGCACGCACUUCCGAACGUCCCCAACAUUCUACCCGAUGGCGUGGAAGAACCGAAUGAUGAUGAUUUCAGCAGUCUACCCCCACUUAUGGAGACAUCCGAGCUUGAUGACAUUCCACCCAACCCUACAUUACCACCAAUCUCGCAGGCACGACAGAAUCUGUCAUCGACAGACCAGCCAUCAAUCGCUCACAGAGUAACUCUCCUAUCUGCUCACCCGGUAGACUCACUUGCAUCACACCUUGCUUCGGUGAUCACUACCAUCAUCCUGACCCCACUCGAAUCACUUUACAUUCGUUCUCUGGCCCAUUCAUUCCUAUCCAUUCACCCUUCAUCUGCGGCUCGAGUCUCAGGUCUGCACCCUGUGGGCCUGUGGUUUGGUGGCAAUACUUGGACUGAUGCGUUUGCCUACUGUGGGAGAGUAUUCCUUAUGAGAGGCAUGCAGGCUGCGUUGAGAGCGGGUGUCUGGGGUUUCUUGGUUGGUUCGACAAUGAGAAUUGGGAGGAAGUUUUGUGGCUGGGGAACUUUAUAG